AGUUGUGGUGUGUUUUGUGCUUCGCCAACCUUGCGGUGUGUCCCAAGUGGUGUCACUACUGAACGGCACAACGCUCCUCUUUACCUUUCUGGUUGCUGACUGACACAAAGAUAAUUUUUGAAUGAUCCUCAAUACUCCAGUCAAAACCACUUUUGAAGUACCUGUAGACACACAACCACGCUUUUUUUUUCCACCACAACACUCCCAUGUAAGUUAGCCAAUUCCAUUUUAUUUUUCUGUAAACCAACAAAUUAGAGCUGUUUCCAUGCCUGUCGAACAGGCACAGCUUCGCGCGUCGUCAGCACUGACGUCGUCGGCGGCAACGACAACACUUCAUCUUAGCCUUCUCACAAGUCACUACUUGGGCGUCACAGAUGCUGACGAAGCCGCAUCUACAAGUGGUGUGUCUGGUGGGCACAAGAGGGAGGCAGCAAACGCAAAGGCUGCCGUGGCAGCACCCAAAACAGCUGGCAAAGAGAGAGAGACGUACGCGUGCCGCACCUCGGCCGAGCAGCUGGACAGCGUCGCACGAGUGCUGCGAUUGGUGUUGCACAAACGUUUCCACCCUUCACUCUCCCCUACCUCGUCCGCAUUGCAGCAGUCCACCGAGGACGAGUGCGUCAGCAUCGCCUUACAGGCCCAUUAUGUGCAGCUGGCCAAAGCAGUACGGGACGGUGCCAUUUCCUGGGCUGAACUAACGCCGAUGCUGGGUGACGCGGGGAUAGAGAAAUUUGCGCUGAAAGACGUCAGUUCACCUGGUGAUGACGCACAGCCGAAGCUGUCGAUCUUGUCGUUGCUGAGCGACCAGCUAGGUGUCCCCGCUACCGCUGCCGUGGCACCCGCUGCCGCCACAACCACCACUACGAACAGGACAUCGUCAGCAAAGCCCGGCUCACAAACCUCUAGCCGGGGCCGUGGCAGCGCUGGUAAUGGGGCCAAUCGCCGCAGUACGUCAUCCAACUCCUCACGGCGCGACUCAGCGCCGAGCACCGGUCAGCAAAUCUUGACGGACGCAGAGAACCGUUUCUGUCAAGCAUAUAUCAACGGUUAUCUACCACCUUGUGAGGUCGUCAGUGUGCCCACAAGCGCCGCAGCGCCGAAAGACAGUCCUUCCUCCCCCGUCUUCCCUUCGCCAUCGUUCCCCGUCUUCUUUCUUUAUCACCUCGCCCACGAAGAGGAGGUGGUCGCCGCCCUUGCAGCGCGGAGCAGCGCGGAGUUGGACGCUGCGGGCAGUGAGACUGGCAAUGCACUAACAGAGCGGGAGCGGCGUCGUGCGCGUGCGAGUCAGGCCGCUGCGCUUGUAACACGCGCGGUGUGGUGCACGCUUCGGCCGGUUCUGCGCUCCUACCUUCACCGUGUCGAGGCAACGGCGAUUCCUUCGCACCUCUCCGUUGUCUGGGCCGUAGCGGACCCAUCUUUGCUGGAAGGGCUGAACAGCUACACUGGCGAGGACGCGGAGGAUGUCGCCUCUUUCUUUCCUUGCCCUUCCGCCGUGCCAGCAAGCGGGGUGUCCGCGUCGGAAGUGGUGGAGCGUGUCGAGGCGGCGUCAGUGGAGCGCUGGGUGCGAUUAGUGCCGCGCAGUGCGAUCUACCUUUACGAUCCGGCAACAUCGUCUGGGCCGGCUUCUGCGGCUGUGGAUGUCGCGCUUGCCGCGUUGCAGGUAGACCGUGUAGACCGAUCACGCAACGGAGCCACCGCGGGGACCGCCAAAACGGGUCGCCAGUGGGGCAAUGCAGAUGGCGGGGUCAAGUCUACCGCACUCACACAGCGCGGCAACCAAGGAGGGGCAGCAGCAACUGCAACCGCAGUGGCGCCAUCAUCAUCUACGCAUAAAGCAAGUAGGACCGCCGGUGGCGCGGCGACGACUGCGGCGAAGGGUCGCGGUGGCAACGUACGAGGAGACGGCGUUUCUGCGUCCAAUGCGGCGACAGCAGCUAAGGAGCUUCUUUGGCACGCUCUGGCAGAUCAGAGAGAUGUGGCAGCACCGGUGGACAUGAAUGCGGAGCCGUCUGCCUUUCCAUACUGCGCAGCUGACCCGACGUCCCUGGCGUGUUACCUGUACGCGGGCUGCGAAUGCGUGGCGGACGGGGCUCCGCACGUCCCGCCUGCACGCGAUCCCCGCGCGAAAGCCGUGACAAGCUUUUUGAGCAAAGCAGCCGCGUAUCAGCGGGCGGUGUUCGCCACCAUCGCAACGGGCACGUCCGAGAACAUGGAGGCGAAGUCGUCACUACCCGUCACGGCGGCGGUGCUAAAAUGGGUCCAGGAGUUCCUCUCCUCUCCAACAGCGAAGGAGGAGGAGCAGAGCGCCAAUGCGCAGCAGAGUUCUUUUUCCUCACAAGGCGAGUCGAAGCCGCUGCUGUCGAACGUGGUCCCGCAAACUGGAGUGGCGGCUGGCGGAUGCGGCGUCGACAUGGUUACCCUGCGCGGCGACGUAGCGAAAACGUCACUCAUGAGAACCGGCCUUGACACGAAUAAGUGGCCGCUGCCUUUGUGGGUGGUCACCGCGGUGCCGCUCGCCACCGUGCCACCGCUGCCCUUGCGGACCGCGAGUGGUAGCCUCAGCGUUGGUAACGGUGGUAGUGGAGUCAAGGAGGCCUCUGUAUCGCAGUUAGACUUCAACGCCCUCUCCACUUUUACAGCCUGGGUAUCCGCGCUGAAGGGGGUCGAAAGCGUAGACGACAACGUGCGUGUGCAACAGAACUUUGGAGUCGGGGCGCUGCUGCAGCUGGUGACGCGGCUGGGCCACCUCGUCGAGGCGUAUGCCGCCUGGACACAGCAACGGGUGCCACAUCUUGCCGAUCGCAGCAGUCGUUCUCCAUGCAGCGGCAUCAAAAAGGAAGAGGAGAAAGGAAACAAAGUGUUGGGUUCAGUGCAGCUCGCGCAUGAUUCAUUCACGGAUGGCGUCUUCACCGUAGUCAAUGCGGUGUCGGCGUUGAUGGCAGAGACAAGUCGUGCGCUGGCCAGUCAAAGAGUCCCGCAGUCGCUGACCGCCGUAUGCACCACAGAAGAAGUCGACGACGAAGCACAGACACCGACGUCGCCCGGCGGUGCAACACAAGCGGUGACCACACCUCCCUCCUCCGGUCUUUUCCACCGAUAUAAAAACCCCUUCGCGAAACUUGCGGCUGCACGCUGCGGCGACGGCGGCGGCGGCGUUGUCGAGGUCGUCAUGGUGCCCCGUGCAGCCCCUGCUAACUCUAAUGGCGCAGUGGCAGAGCGAUGUGCAGUGAAGGUCGCGGACACAAGGGAGAGCGCCGACGUCGUUCUCCCUCCCUACCCGCAGGAAGUCGUGUCAAUGGUGCAACAAAUCGUCGCCAAGAACGCGGGCCACUUCGAAGUCAACUCGCCGCGUGGCACCGACACCAUCUCCACCGCCUUGUCUAGCGGCGGUGGUGGCGGUGCUGGUGGCGCGAUGGUGGAAAGUGUCAUGACAGGGUCCUCCUCUCCCGUCUCGCGCCACGCGACGAUGCUCAACAACACUACGACGCAGAGCACGGGUCUCUUGUUGCGGCAACAGCAGCAGCAACAGCGGCGCCGGCAGCGGGAACAGGGCGGGAGUGUCGCGGCUGCGCUGCGACCCUAUGUCCACGGAGUGCGGAUUGUGAAGGAGGUGUCUAAGGCAAACCUCGGGCGUCGUCCCAACACAGAGGCCGCGGUGCUGCUGCAAGAAGCGCUCGAGUCUACUUUGGCCACGCGGCCCAACUGGAAGGACGUCGACCACAGCCUGCAGUGCAGUGGAGACACGCGAGGAACGGCUGACAAGGCGCACAUGGUGAAGGUGAAUGCGCUGGAGCUCCUGCAGCGGUAUCUGGCCAGCGGCCGUGGCUCUUCCUCACCCCCCAUGCAGGGGGGUUCCUCCGCCACUGCGCGGCAGUUCAUCUCCGCGAACCGUGGCCUUACCAAGGAAAGUGACAGCGCGCUCUCGGCUGCCAACGCAGCUUCUGCAGCAGCGCAGGCCCUCACCCCACGCGUCUACGAGCACUGUCUUCAGCAGGUGCUACUGCAUCAGCUGCUAAAGGAGGCGGGCCUCGAGCCACCUCUCCACGGAAGCGACGUCGACGAUAACGGCGCGGAGGAUUGGACGGUGACGGAGCAAAUUCGGACAGAAACCAUCGUGCCCUCCCUCGUCGACUUCCGCGAGCGUUUCGGGGCACACAACGUUGUCGUGAAGGCGCCCACGUUGGACUACCAUUUGUCUUCGACGGCGGCAGCAACAGCAACACCUCCCCCAUCGGCCUCACAUCCACCCGCAUCGCUCACCGGCAACGCCGUCACCUCUACGUCAGCCCGCAGUGGGGCCGUGAAGGAGUCGGAGGAAGUUCACCAGACCUCGGCAUACGCGCACAACGCGCUCAACGUGAACCCUACGCGUCGCGUCACUCAACUGUGGAUGGCGGGCAUUCUACUGCCAACUGGAAGCGGCAUCGACAACCAGAAAAGAAAAGGAGAGCCGCUCUCGUCAAACUUUCGUCGUUGCCGCACACGGAAGUGGGUCGACAUGGUGCCCCGCGGUGGGACAAUCACCUCCAUGGAAAUGUACGCUGUGUGGCGCUCGCUAUUGUUGGCGGAGGUGUGCAAAGGAGGUGUUACCGAGGCAAAUGCGGAAGGCGCACUACACGCGGCAGAAGCGGGGAAGAGUUUGCCGACGUUAACGCCACACUUCGUCUACCAGCUUAUCGAUCAGUACGUGCAGCGACACGCUGAAGCGUCCACCGUACUUUUGGGUCGGGUCGAGCGCGUGCCGAGUGCGCCGAUCGAGUUGGCCACCGUCCCCACCGUGCCGAUGCGCUUUAGCACGCACGAGACGCUCUACCCCUACGGCGAUGCGUUGCUGGAGGUGUGGGCCGGUGAGGCGCAGCGCACGUGUCGCUACAUCAAGGCAGCCGAAGUAACAGCUGCCCUGCACAUGGGUGUCCGCUCGCCAGGGACUCUCUCCAGCCCCCUGCACCUCUCCGUGCGCUGGGACGAUGGCUUGCUCUUCUCCUGCAGCACCACCGGUGCGAAGCAAAGCUCCUCCGUGCCGCUGAUAGACGUGCGGGUGACAACGUCGAAUUUGGUGCUGCAGCGGUGCGCCGAGGUGGCACGCUUGCGGCUGCGACGCUUUCCAAACACCUCGUCGUGCGCUACAGCCGCUGGCACUGCGGCAGGGCACGAGAGCGGUGGACAGUCGGCCGCCUAUUUUCCGCAAGGCCUUUUAAGCGAGGUGUGCCCUUUGUUGUUUGAGGAGCGCACCACGCUGUACUGUGUGCACGACUGCCCGCCGCUCGAGGAGUCCUCUACCACGGAAGGAGCGGCGGCAGUUGGAGACGCCGGAACCGCCGUCGUGGAGGCCACGAUCGACAUCUCCGUGGAAGAGGCGGAGGAGUCCUGUGAGGUGGACGAGGUCACAGGAGUGGUCCAUCGCGUCUAUCCCUCUGGGACGCACCUACUGCAGUUUCCGAGUGGCGCCAUGUUGGCCCGUCGUCCGAUUGCUGCUGAAAGCAUGGCUGCCGAUACGACCGCAGCGAAUGCAGCGACCCACUGCCCAUUGUCGUCUACCUUCGCGCCUCCCCUAGCGGGGCAGCAGUGGUGUGAAACGCUCGUCACCAGUGAUGGCCGCUGCUUUGUGCGGCGUGUCUGCACACCGGCGCAAGACACCCCGCCUCGCACCGCGGCUGACACGACAACGGAGCGACAGCCCCCGAGGUCUGCCACGGACAUGGCGAGCGGCGUUUUUCGCCGAGUGGUGCCGCGCACAAAAAAGGAUGGGCUGCCUCCCGCCUUCACACACGCGGAGGCCAUUUACGACGCCGUGCGCCACUGCCACGUGCGAUCUCGUCAAGACGGGCUGACCGUGGUGGAGUACGGCUCCGUUGCGGAAACGUCAGUGGCGGCGACGACGGCAACAGCGAGGGUCCAGCAACCGAGCGCGAGAACGGUGGCACGCGUCGUGGUGUUUCCUGAUGGCACGUCCAUCACCACAUUGGCCGAUCGUGAUGUGCGGCAGCGCGUUUUGUCAGGUAGAGGUGCCGCAGUCGGUGGCGGCUCUCUUCCACCCGCCAUCGCCCUCUCCUCGUCGUCGUUGUGCGCCAUGUUGGAGGAGGUCGAGGCGGUCGAGAGCAGGCUGUUCGGGGCCAGUGAAGACGUGGAAGCGGGGGAGGAUGACACAGACAGAGCCGCUGCAGGUGCUCAGCCAUCGGUACGGUGGCUGGUGGAAGCUCCCACGCUGCCGCGCUUUUACCUCGCUCCGGCCGAGGCGGAGCACAACACCGCUUUUAGCGUUGUCUUCGGUGACGGCACCAUGCUGCAACGGCAUUGGCUGCCUGCGGCGGCCUCCAGUCCUCCACCCGGAGACGCAACGCGACUUCAGAGCAGUCCGAGGACCAGCAGCAGCGCCGCCAUCGCUGCAGAUGACGAGUCUUUCCAUCUGGAUGCCACCGCCUCCACCAGCGAUGCAACGGCUUCAACGUGGUACAACGGUGGAACAGCGGCCACGGUGCUGCUUCGUCCGUCGACGAGUGCGGUGCGGGUGUUACACCAACACGCGGUUGCCACGAUCGAGCCGGCAGACGUCCUCGCAUCGACAACGCGCGCCUCACCAGCGGCGUACGCGGUAGGGCAGGGGCUGCCGUUUUUUGACUUCGCCUACGGUGGCGGGAUGCGGCUGGUGGACGCCGCGCGUUGCGUGUGGGAGAUUCGCGGGCUCGCAAAUCCUUCGGGGCCCAAUGUGUUCUACCCAGACUACCCGCGCCCCUACGAAGAGCUUCUCCGCGAACUCGUGAGCGCACACUACAGCCCACACCGACUCCCCCGCGCAGCGGAGGUGACGUACGCGUGUGAGCAGCGGCGGGAGCGCCUUAUGUACGCGCGGCAGCGAUCGACGGGGUGGUGCCCCCCGCUCGCGCGGCGACUGCGUGAGCUUUCAGAGCCGUACAUACGCACCACCAACUUGCUGCGCAGCGACGUUCUCACACCGAUUGAAGCCGCCGCGGCUGGUGUUGCGGAAGGCGUAGAGUUUGACUUGACUGGCGGGACGACCUUAAGAACAUCUUCCGCACAUCGUGCUGCUGCCGCAGUGGCGGCAGUCCGGGCCAUCGCCACCAUCCGGCCCGUGUGCUUUGGGCAGCUGGCAAAUAGCGAGUCCAUCCGCUACUGGUGUGCCCGGGACGUUAUCCGAGCUCCCUCCUCCACGGAAGCCGCCACUGCGAGUGUCGCCGCUUUCGCCAAUGAGCCACAUGUUCUCCAGCGCGUUGUCCCGUCUGUCGCGGCCGGCGGUGUUCUGCGCUACACCUGUAAUGCGCCAUCGUACGCGUCCGCAGCAGAGGUGAUGGCGGUGCUUUCUGCUGGGGGAAGGGGCGAUGCCGGCGGCGACGGUAGCGUACUCAGCCAACGGUUGGCGGAGGCGCAGCGACUGUCGUUGCUCUGCAUUGGUGGCCUCGCUCCUGUCCUUCCCUCUUCUUCCACGAGGGGCUCCUCGCCGGAGUUUGCUGUGACGUACGUGUCCAGCCUGCCUCCGUUGGCCGUGCUCAUCUCCCACGGAUGCCGGUGGUUGCCGCCAUCCCUGCAGCCCCCGCAGCAGUUCAGCUCCGCGUACAGUAAGUCGGUCGUGCACGCCGUCGCAGCGCAGCGAGAUGUCGCGUGGAUCCACGACGGCACUGCAGCGGCGACUGGCGCGUCAGCAGCGGGCGCAGCCUACGUUCAGUACACAACGGCGCACAUGGAGCCCGGUGCUCCGCCGGCGAUGCUACGGAUGGCAGUGGUGCGUCGUGAGCUGCGCCGUUACGAGGAGCUUGCGCAGCUGAGCCGCUACCAUCGCGUGUUGGCGGCGCAGUGGCCCAUGGAACAGCCGGGCACGGCACAUGAGGAGCAGGUGCGUUUGGAGAUGCGUUGUGAAGAGUUGCAGCGCGCCCGGCGUCCUCUGCUCACGGAAGAAAAGACGUUCUUCCCGUCUGCUGUGUCAAAAGAUUCAAACACAGCCGGGUGUAGGCAGCAAACAGCCUCCCGUUUGGUGAUCUAG